UUUCUGCAGAAAAUUGCAUUCGCAGAAUAAUUUAUUCAAAACAACCAGCUGUACAAAUACAAUUAAUUCAAUUAUAAGAAGUAAUUUAACAAAUACGUCGCUAUGUUGUUGCGGCAAGUAAUAGUAAUAUUACCAUUGCUGUUGUGCUCGGUGCACGCAGGACCUGAGGAAAAAGAGGGUGUGCGCUUCGCCAAUCGCUGUGAAGCUUGCAAGAUACUAGCCACCGAACUGCAGGAGCGCCUAAAGGAAACCGGCAAAUCGCACGAUGUCAUCGAAAUGGGCUACUCGCUCGACGAUGUGAAGCCAAAGAAGCGCACGCAGUAUCGUCGCAGCGAACUGCGUCUGCUCGAGUCAAUGGAGAAUGUUUGCAACCGUGUUUUAGAAUACAAUUUACACAAGGAGCGCACAGAUAGCACACGCUUUGCCAAAGGCAUGUCGCAAACCUUCAAAGCGCUGCAUGGACUUGUCGACAAAGGUGUAAAAGUCGAUUUAGGCAUACCAUACGAAUUGUGGGAUAAGCCGCCUGUAGAAGUGACACAAAUGAAGACACAGUGUGAAAAUCUGCUUGAAAACUAUGAGGACACAAUCUCCGAGUGGUAUUUCAAGCAUCAAGAUGAUAAAACACUGAUAGCACAUCUCUGUGAGGACGCUGUGUUGGCGCAGGAUGACCGUAAAUGCUUGCAGGAGACAUUGCCGCCUGUGGACAGCGAAGACGAUAACGAUGAUGAUGAUGACGAUUAUGAUACAGCUAAAACAACUAAGCAGUCGAAAAAGAAACAAAAAUCAAAGCAGAAAGGCGAUGCCGGCAAAUAUGAUGCAAACAAAGAACUUUGAUUCAGUGGCGUAAAAUAAGUGUGCAAUCCCUGUAUGUGUGUAUGUAGAAAUGCCAAAUUCACUGCUGGUCAACUGGCCGGAUAUA